CACCCAUACGUACAUUCAUAACUACUUAGCCGUUUUUAUACCAAGCUUUGCUGCGAACUUAAGUCAUUCGCGCUUUGUCAAGACUUAAGAUAGUAACUACCUUCCAUCGAUUCAAGUUGAAAAUGGAUCCUUCUCCUUCAAACUAUACACAAGCGAAUCGGAUACAACGUCGGGAUGCUGACCAAUUAUUGGAAGAAUAUUCUAAAAUAAUUCGGUGGCGAAAUAAUGGCACCGAAACCGUAUUAGACAUCGGUUGCGGUCCGGGCGACAUAACGAUCGAUUUCAUUCUACCGCGUAUACCAAAACCGUUUGGAAAAUUAGUUGGAGUGGAUAUUUUGGAAAAAAUGAUUAAACAUGCCAAAAGGCUGUACGAGCGUGACAAUGUUCACUUUCAAAUAUUAGAUAUUGAAAACGGUGAUAUAGACUUGUUUCUGAAAGAUUAUCCAGAAGGAUUCGACCACAUCACUUCGCUUUAUUGUUUACAGUGGGUGCGUGAUCAAAAGAAGGGCAUGAAAAAUAUCUAUAACCUCCUUAAACCCGGCGGUGAUUGUUUAUUCACACUUCCAGUCAAACAUGCAGUAUAUAACAUAUAUGACGAACUCGCCAAAAUUCCCAGGUGGAAUGCUUUAAUGUCAAGCAACUGUGAUUUCUUUGCCUCCUUCAUCAACCAAGAUAAUGUGGCAGAAGCUAUGUCAGAAAUUUUCAAACUCACUGGGUUUAGAUAUUACAACGUUGAAAUCAUCGAUAAAAGGAUAACUUAUACCGGCUUAGAUAACAUAUUAGGAUUCAUAACUGCGGUCAACCCAAUCUUUGCAAAUAUGGAAACUAUGGAAAAAACGGAAUAUUUAAAGGACUAUUUAAAGAUUGCUGCUGAGCUGAACGUAUAUCGAGAAGCUGAAAAUCCGAGUGAAAGUGAAUUUGGUACACCCUAUCAACUUGCAGUUGCAUACGCCGUAAAAUAAUGUGGUUUCCACUAAAAUAUAAUUUUUGCAAUCAGUAUUGAAUUUAAUUAUUAUAGCAUAGGAAGAAUUCAAUUACUUAAAUAUAUAUAAUUAUUGAUAGUUUUGCUUACCAAGGAUCAGUAUUUUCAAAAUUUGUACUGAGAUUGCCACCGCUACUAAAUGAGUGAUGCCUUGAUAGAUAAUCUUGACUUCAAAGCUAACCUUCUUGAAUAACUGUUUGUCACUGGAAAGUUGCUGGGAAAUUAAAUAAAUAUUUUUCUAAAGCC